AUAAACUAGCACGUGUGGGACAGUUUUAUUGAUUCUUGUGAUUUGGCCAAUCCCUGCGAUUAUAAUAAUUGGCGACGAGCGGAUUAGUAAUCCCGCGUUAAAAAUAAAUGCAUAUUUCCCGGUUGGCGACGCUGUAAUCGUGGCAGAGUUCCUGUUGUGAUGCUAUGAAAACACCAUACGAAGAGGAGGAAAGAUCCGGAUAGGCGUUCCCAAUUGGGGCUCACCAGUGAAGUUACACACACACAUUGCUACGUUUUCGCAGAGGAAAACGUUGACGUACACUUACUUCUGCUACGGUGUACGUUUUGCUGUUUGCUAUCACUGUUGUGUUAGUUACCUUCAAGUGUGUCGUGUACACCAGGGAGCACAUAAUGACAUCCGAAGGAAAUGUUGCUACACGAAGUGCUGCUAUUCCACCCAGUUUUGCGGUCGAGACAUUUGAUAAAAAUAAAUCGAAGUGGUCUCGUUGGGUGAAGAGAUUCGAGGGGGCGCUUCUAAUUUUCGGAAUACCUGAGGCGAAUCGAAAGAAUAUGUUACUCCAUUUCAUGGGCGCAGAAACAUACGACGUACUAUGCGAUAAUUUAUUUCCAACCGAACCUGAAAACAAAACAUAUAACGAAAUAGUCACACUUCUUGGAGAAUACUUCGACCCAAAGCCACUAGAGAUGGUUGAGUUGUGGAAAUUUAGUAAGCGAAUGCAGCGAGAAGGGGAAUCUAUCGCCGAAUUCAUUACAGCACUGCAGCGGGAGGUGAAGUAUUGCGAGUUUGGUGAAUAUCUUCCGAAAGGACUGCGAAAUCAGUUAGUUUUCGGCCUGCGAAAUCAUCGUAUUCGCACCCGGUUGAUUGAGGAGAAGAAUUUGACCUUCGACAAGGCUAAGCAGAUUGCACUAUCGAUGGAGGCUUCUGGCGAGGGGGCCGAAGUACUGAAUCAACGUAUGCAAGACGUCAACUUGAUGGACCGUAACUCCCAAUCACGACGAGAUACUGCAGCAGUUACCGCUGCUAAGAAGAGACUUACAUAGACUUCGCAGCCAACUGAUGUAGUGUACAGGACAAUUGCGGGGCUAGCGCUACGAUCAUACUGACACUAGCAGUCUCUCCCGAGCCGAGACUCGAACCUACGACGACUAGUUUGU